UCUCCAACCCCCACAACCAUGACCUUCACCCCAGCACCACUGGAGGAAACGAUUACACGGCCGGAAUUCUGCAAGUGGCCGUGUGAGUGCCCACAAGCCCCACCUCGCUGCCCACUGGGUGUCAGCCUAAUCACAGAUGGCUGUGAAUGCUGUAAGAUAUGUGCCCAGCAGCUUGGGGACAACUGCACAGAGGCUGCCGUCUGUGACCCACACCGGGGCCUCUACUGCGAUUACAGUGGGGACCGCCCGAGAGGUGGUCGGUGUGGGCUGUGUCCUGGAUGGCGUGCGCUACACCAAUGGAGAGUCCUUCCAACCCAACUGCAGGUACAACUGCACCUGUAUUGAUGGCACCGUGGGCUGCACACCACUGUGCCUGAGCCCCAGGCCCCCACGCCUCUGGUGCCGCCAGCCCCGUCACGUGAGAGUCCCUGGCCAGUGCUGUGAACAAUGGGUAUGUGAUGAUGAUGCCAGGAGGCCACGCCAGACUGCACUGCUGGACACCAGAGCCUUUGCAGCUUCGGGUGCAGUGGAGCAACGGUAUGAGAACUGCAUAGCCUACACUAGCCCCUGGAGUCCCUGCUCAACAACCUGUGGCCUAGGUAUCUCGACUCGCAUCUCUAAUGUCAAUGCGCGGUGCUGGCCAGAGCAGGAAAGUCGCCUCUGCAACCUGCGGCCAUGUGAUGUGGACAUCCGACCACACAUCAAGGCAGGGAAGAAAUGCCUGGCUGUGUACCAGCCAGAGGAGGCCACGAACUUCACUCUCGCAAGCUGUGUCAGCACACGCACCUACCAACCCAAGUACUGUGGAGUCUGUACUGACAAUAGGUGUUGCAUCCCCUACAAGUCUAAGACCAUCAGUGUUGAUUUCCAGUGUCCAGAGGGGCCGGGUUUCUCUCGGCAGGUCCUAUGGAUUAAUGCUUGCUUCUGCAACCUGAGCUGCAGGAAUCCUAAUGAUAUCUUUGCUGACUUGGAAUCUUACCCUGACUUUGCAGAGAUUGCCAACUAGGUAGGUGUGUGGCUUGGAGAACAGCUCCAUGUUGCAAAGCAGUCAGCCCUCUGUGGCCCAGGACUUCACAAUUGAGCCUUAUUUCAUCUACUUCCUCCUCAAUUCUGCAUUCCCUGACCCUGACCCUCAGUUUCUGUUCCUAUUUUGACCGUUCCAAUGGCCCAGGAAAGUGCUGCUCAGGCUCAGACAAUGGGUCCCUCCUUUGGGACAUUCUAUAUCACUCCAAAGAAAACACCUCUCUGAACUGUUCACAAUGAAAGCCAAGCCUGACCCCAGCCAGUCUGGCUCCAACCUGUGCAAGUUGUCAGAAAUCCUAAUGGGACAGUCCAAGGAAAAAACAGCAACUGAAGAACCAGAAUCACAGACUCCCUCUUCAGAUGCCCAGCCUGAGGAUGUUGAGAUCCUUUCAGACACAUGGAUGGGAUUGGGGGAACGGGAAUAAGCUAUCAUCCCUUACCAAAUGAUACUAUCCUGGGAAUUUCUGCCCACAACAUACCAAAAGUGCUCUUAUUCCAAAGAUCUAUGUAUCACAAGUCACCAAACAUGUUCUAGGUGAGGAAAAUACUUGCACCAUUUUGAUUUGAAAUUGAAAAUCAUAUUUAAAAGAAGAAAAAGAAAAGGAAAAAAGCCAUUUUCAUUAACCUGGGCAAUUUCUCCUCUCACCCCAUACAAUAUGAAAGGCUGAAAUUGGGUUCAUGUUGAUCAGAAAUACAAUUUGAGAAGUUUUAUUCUUGCUGGUAGAUGGCAGUCCCCAAUUCAUCCUAUAAAGAUGGGUCUAAAUAAGCCAAUCUCACAAGUCACAGCUAGUCAGCUCACUGAAUUUGCUGCUGACCAAGUUCUUAGGACAAUUAGCCAAAUCUGGGCCUCUCUCUCCCUAGGGCUCAUGGGAGUAGGUAGGGACCUUACAGUGACUUGUCUGUUGUAUCAAAAAGUAAGGUGAAACAGUGGAAUGAUGGGAAGAUGUCCUCAUGGGCCUUAGAAGAUUCUUCUGAAGUCUACACCAGGCCUAACAGAAUACAUGCAUCGAACCAACAAGCGGUUCACCCUUCCUUGACCUGGGUGGCCUCUAACAGGAGUGGCAAGGCCACAAUAGUCCCUGGGCCUAGGACACAUCUCUUUUGCUUCACUGACCUAUUGCACACAGCCUUAACAUCUGUGAAGAAAAAUAACUCAGUUUCCUAGUCUGAAGACAAGUUAACCAGGCAUUUAGACAUGGAGAUCUAUUUAACAGUGGUAAACACUAAAGUUUGUAAGUUGAAGAGAGAGAUUUCUCCUAAGUGCUAAUGAGGUUGUUACCUAUUUUAGCAGUAGAAUGUAAAAUUUUCCACUAUCGUUCUUUUAUUGGGUACGUUCUACGUGCUACCCAUUGUUCUCAACAUUUGCCACACAUUUACUCAUGGAAACGUUGUGAUAACAUGGAAGGCUUACCUUCAUGAUUUCUGUUCUUGACACUGUGAAAUAGAAGCUCAAAGAGGCUAAGAAAUUCAAUCAAAGUUACCCAUCUGGAGAUUCAUAGCCCAGAUAGUUUACCGUCAUAUUUUCUCUCUGAUUCUGGACUUUCCAAACAUGUCAGGGCAGGAAAGUGUAGGGAAGUCAGCAACUUUCCUUCUUAAUAUUGUCUCUCUAGUCCCUUUCACAUGAGAGGAAGUGGGUCUAGGUACGAAGGAUCCAUCCUAAACUUGACAGAAAAGGGAAUUUGCAUCAUCCCUGUCACUCCUCCUGCCCUGAAAGCAGAACCAGCUUACAGCAUGAUUUUAUAAGAUGAUUCAAUUUACCCACCACUACACAUGGUGGGCAUAUGGGAGAACUAUACACACACACACACACACACACACACACACACACACACACACACACACACACACACACGGAAAGGGGACUUGGAAUUUCCCCUACUUCCUACAACUUCUCAAAGGCUUGGCCUUAUGCAAGUUAAACAGUGGUGCUCAAGAUGUACUUAAGGAACAAAUACAUUUUAUAUACCCUCCCAUUUUUCUUUAAAGCCUUUUCUUCCAGGAACUCAUCUUACCAGUGAAAAAUCCUCUCUUAAGUGAGGCCUACUGUUUUAAAUUAAAUAUAUGUUCGUAUGUGUACAAGAACUAAAGAUAAGUUACCGCUGUGGAUUAUCAAUUAUGUAAAUUCUAUGUGGUAUCAUGUUAGGUUUUCUUAGAUUGGAAAAAUCUGUCUUAAUAGCUGACUCUGUAAGAACUUCCGUAGGAACUGUAAGCUGGGAUUUUUCCAGGGUCUUUCCAAAUUCUCAUUUGGGAAACUAAGCUGAGCAUCUUCAAUCAAAGGAGGCUUGGUUAGAGGAGCGAGGGUGAUCACUGGGAACAGGAGAAAGGGGUGGUCAGAGUAGCUCCAGUGUUACUAAGAAAUGGACCUGGCAUACAUAAGGACCAAAGGAGCAACCAUCUUUGAACCCAAGGAAAAAGACUUGGAAGUAAUAUAAAGAAGCUUUUUCUAAUCAUCAGAGAGAGCUUGUAACGGGAUGGUCUAGUUAGCAAAGUUAAGAAUAUCAAUUAUCAUUUUUUCCUAAAGUCCAUUUAUUGAUAGCUUAUUUGGUGCUAAGCCCUUAUGGUGCAUUUUAUCAGGUUAUCAGUUAACAGAGCCCUGCUCAGUACACAACCUUUCCCCAUUCGAUAAAUAGAAACUGAAGUUCAAAGGCACUGAGGAGCUGAGGCCCAGACACAUGCUUAGUCCACUCUAUCAGGGGAAGAGAUCUUGACAGCACCUAAAUGACUAUUACUGGAGACUCAAAUUUGCAAGUCUUUAGAAGUCCCAGCCCCAGACCAACCCUAAGAGCUUAGAAACUAAAGAAGCAGUGAGGAAGAACUAACCUUCAGUGAAGAGCUUCACUGUGGCGCCAACGUGAAUGUCUCGGGUGCGCUUACUCACUGGACAGGGAGAGCUGAGCUCCUGAACCUGCAGCUUACUAAACCUUACAAUUAGCAUUCGGAGACUCCAAUUGGCGUCAACCAAGACUUCUACUCAGUGCUUUACUGAGACAGCUUACUUAAUCCUUUCAGUAAGCCCAAGAGUCAAGGCAUUACCACUGCCCAUUUUAGGCCUGAGAGAGCCAAGUCUCCAGGAAUUAAGUGAUUUGCUCAAGUUCUUACCAACCGAGGCACUACAGAUACUGAAACCCAGUAGCAAGUGACAUACCCAUGCCAUCUCUCCUGACACCCAGCCCAUUUUCCUGUUCCUGAAUCAAAGGCUCUAGAGUCACCAGAGUCAAUUCACAGGACAGUGCUGAAAUUCUAAUUUUGAGGGUGAUCAAAUGUUGAUUAGAGAAAGUAAUUUCAACAAUAGGACUGUCGGUAACCAUCCUAAUCAAUUUUGAACUACAUAUGCAUAGAGAUUGCGGAGACCAUUACAAUCUGUGACUAUAGCGUUGACUUCUGUCAUCUUUUUUGAAAGACUUGUUUUUGACUCAAAGGAACCACAGUGACAGCCCUGAAUGGUUGAUAAGCAUAAGGCCAUAAUUAGCUGUGUGUCCCUGCAUAUAUAUGUGUGUAUAUGUUUGUAUUUGUAUGUACAUAUCUAUUUUCAAACUGUGAUUGAGUAUUUAAAUAUUCCUACUGCCAUUCUCUAAGUGAAUACACAUGAAGAAAUGCCUUUGAAUUUCCUAAUAGAGGAUAGCCAGCCCUUGGGCUGCCUGUCACAUUUUACCGCAUUCCUCAUUUUUCUCAUGAUUUGUGUAGCAGGGAAUGUGUUCAACCAUGAUGAGUUUUCAUUGUUCAAAUUCUUUGUUUACAGCUUUUCUCCUUAAAGCAAUAAACCAUCAGCAAAAGUGA